AUGCAACGUCCGCAACACAAACGGAACCAAUCUUCGUCCAAAGCUGCCAUCCUGAGAGCAAUGCUCGGAGGUCAAUCCUCACCGGCACGGAAUGACGCAGGCACACACGGCGAACGCGGCCCAGCUGUGUUGGGAGAGCGCAACGGCAAUAUGCAGUCACCAUCUUCGACUCCUUCGAAGGCCAACCCUACAAGGGCUGCACCUUUGAAGAAGUAUCCUCGCCUCGAUCUUGAAAUCCCAAGCGAGAGCGGGUCGAUCAGGAAGAUGGCCGCUGGACUCUCGACGAUCACCACUCCGAGUCGCAACGACAGGAAUGUUACGGCCUGGGAUAAAGAGAACAACACACCUCCGCCGUCAUCGCAUGAGCAGACGUCGACACCAAUCUGGGCACAGUUUGCCACUACCCAAAAGACGACAAUCGCGGACGAAAUAGCAAAAUAUACUCCCACAGACUACAACCCUGGCAUGCAGAGGAAUUUCAAUGGCACACUCGAUGCCCCGUCAUUACGGCCUCAGCUCGGUCGAAGUGCCACGCGACCUCAGAGCUCAAUCUUCUCAGGAUCAGAAGGGAUCGUGAGUGCUAUUGGUCGAAGGGUCAGCAGUGGAAGACAGAGCUCGGAGCAUCGAUCGUCGGAGGAUUCUGGCACGCGAAGGAUUUUCGAAAGUCGCAAGGGCAGCGGCAGUAACUCGGAUCAUGUGCCGCUGCGGGAAAAGUUGAACAUCACAAAGCGUGGAGGACGUGUCAUGGCUGCUGUGGCAGCGUUGCAAGGCAAAGCAAGAUCAGUGUCCGGUGCGAAGCAACAACCUGCUAUCGAUGCCAAAGCCGUCGAUGAAGCCUUUGAGGCUGUGCUCGAAGCGAGAAACAUUCCAGAGCCACAACGGCAAAAGAUGCGGACAUUGACGCUGCGAGUGAAGGCAGACUUCGUCCGACAAGAUCAGAGUACCUCCAAGACACCACACACAAGUCCACCGGGCUCAGUGAGUCGAGCAUCGCAGGGUCAGCCACUUGCAGCAUCGUCGAAAGACUCGAUCGUGCAGAGCACACAGGUCGUCGAUGACGAUGACGCGAAGUCGACCAAACGAACACGGGCCAGGAGUCGCACCUUCACAUUUUCCAAGGGUGAUCGGACUGGCGAGCGCACACCAGCCAAGAAGCAACGCGGCCAUACUCGGGCUUUGUCCUCAUUCGUGCCGUCGAAAGAAAGCAAGACUGGCAGCAACCAGCCCAUGAGUCCCACUACGCCGAAUGGCUCAUUAGGACGCAAAGCCGUACCUCCUUCAUACCCUGUCGAUUACAUAUCAUAUAUCAAGUCCGCUCAGAAUCCCACAAAGACGGAAAUCGGAAAACUUCACAAGCUGCGUCUCUUGCUGCGCAAUGAGACUGUUGCAUGGGUGGACACCUUCAUAUCGCUCGGAGGCAUGGCCGAAAUUGUCAAGCUUCUCGACAGGAUCAUGGCCAUCGAGUGGCGCGAAGAUCACGAGGAUCAACUCCUUCACGAGACGUUACUUUGCUUGAAGGGUCUUUGCACCACUGAACGAGCGAUGGUCGAACUGGAUGGCUGCGCAGACACCCUAUUUCCUAAGCUGCUCGGGAUGCUCUUCGACGAUGAAAAGAAAGGUCCAGCUGAAUACACCACGCGGACGAUUAUCAUCAAUGUUCUUUUCAAUUUUCUAUCAUCGGCAACGACGAAUCGAUCACCUUCCGAGCUGCAACACCAUGCCCAGAGGAUCUUGACGUAUCUCGGAGAGCCGGCCACGCCAGAAGAUGACCAACCCGUGGAUUUCGUUCGAGAAAUGCACAUCCCUCGACCAUACAAGCUUUGGUGUACAGAGGUGACUCAUGUGGCCAAGGAAGUAUUCUGGAUAUUUCUUCACAAUCUCAACGUCGUACCGCGACCGAAGUCAGCAGGUGGUGCCUCUGAAGCCCAAGACGCUGUCACGCUCGAAAAGCCAAAAGCAGCGCCGAUGGCACCAUACACAGCUCGCCACUUUCCCGGCUCUCGCCCACCUGUUCCUGCUGCACCAUACAUCGGCGGAGUUGAAUGGGACGCCACAACUUAUAUGGCGGCACAUCUCGAUCUGAUGAACGGACUGAUCGCGUCCCACGAAUCACCCGCAAGCCGAAAUGCCCUGCGCGAGCAGCUGCGCGCCUGUGGCUUCGAGAAGUUGAUGGGCGGUCAGCUCCGUACCUGCAAAGAAAAAUUCUAUUCGUGCAUCCACGACGGCUUGCGCGCCUGGGUAGCUGCCGCCAUCGAAGAUGGUUGGGAGACAAUUUACGUACGAGAGGGUCCAUCCGAAGAUGAGAGCCCGACGAGAAGUCCGGCCAAGAAGAGGAAGGAGGAUGCACCGGCACCCAAACUGGAGGCUUUGCCUGCUUUACUCAGCCCGAAGCUGGACCUCGGUGACGAGGACGGUUGGUUGGGCUGA